AACUGCCGGGGGAACCCCAACUGCCUGGUGGGCAUCGGGGAGCACGUCUGGCUGGGCGAGAUAGACGAGAACAGCUUCCACAACAUCGACGACCCCAACUGCGAGCGCCGCAAGAAGAACGCGUUCGUGGGCUUAACGAACCUCGGCGCCACGUGCUACGUGAACACUUUCUUGCAGAUGUGGUUUCUUAACUUGGAGCUCCGACAAGCCCUCUACUUGUGUCCCAGCACCUGCAGCGAGUAUGCGGCUGGAGAAAGCGUCCUGAAAGACAAAGACUAUGAGCCUCAGACCAUUUGUGAACACCUCCAGUACUUGUUCGCCUUGCUGCAGAACAGCAAAAGGCGAUACAUCGAUCCCUCUGCGUUCGUCAAAGCGCUGGGCUUGGACACAGGACAGCAGCAGGAUGCCCAGGAGUUUUCUAAGUUGUUCAUGUCACUGCUGGAAGAUACUUUAUCCAAACAAAAAAACCCAAAUGUUCGAAACAUAGUGCAAAAGCAGUUCUGUGGAGAGUACGCCUAUGUCACGGUCUGCAACCAGUGUGGCAGGGAGUCCAAACUCGUGUCUAAAUUUUACGAGCUGGAGUUAAACAUCCAAGGGCACAAGCAGUUGACAGACUGUAUAACGGAAUUUCUUAAGGAAGAAAAAUUAGAAGGGGACAAUCGUUAUUUUUGCGAAACUUGUCAGAGUAAGCAGAAUGCCACGAGGAAGAUCAGGCUGCUAAGUCUUCCCUGCACGCUCAACCUGCAGCUGAUGCGUUUCGUGUUUGACAGACAAACUGGCCAUAAGAAAAAGCUCAACACCUACAUCGGCUUCUCUGAGCUGCUUGACAUGGAGCCUUUUAUGGAACAAAAAAACGGCAUCUACGUGUAUGAACUUAGUGCUGUCCUCAUACACCGCGGCGUGAGCGCGUACUCCGGGCACUACAUCGCCCACGUGAAGGAUCCGCAGACGGGCGAGUGGUACAAGUUUAAUGAUGAAGACAUAGAAAAGAUGGAGGGGAAGAAACUGCAGUUGGGGAUUGAGGAAGAUCUAGCGGAACCUUCUAAAUCCCAGACUCGUAAACCUAAGUGUGGGAAAGGGACUCACUGCUCGCGCAAUGCUUACAUGCUGGUAUACAGGCUGCAAACCCGGGAGAAAUCUCUGACAGUGGAAGUACCAGCUUUUCUGCAGGAGCUGGUAGAGCGCGAUAACUGCAAGUUUGAGGAGUGGUGCAACGAAAUGGCCGAGAUGCGCAAAGAGAGUGUGGCCAGAGGCAAAACCAAACACGAAGAGGUGAAGAAGCUCUACAAAAGGUUACCCGCUGAAGCUGGUUCCCCAUACGACUUCAUCUCUCUCGAAUGGCUGCAGAAAUGGCUGGAUGAGUCUACUCCUCCAAAACCUAUAGAUAACACAGCCUACCUGUGCUCACACGGCAAACUCCAUCCGGAUAAAAUAUCCAUUAUGAAGAGGAUAUCGGAGUAUGUGGCUGACGACUUCUACAGCAGAUACGGAGGAGGGCCCCGGCUGAACGUCAAAGCACUUUGCAAGGACUGUGUGGUAGAAAGGUGUCGAAUCCUGCGACUGAAAAACCAGUUAAACGAAGACUACAAAACCGUUACGAACUUGCUGAAGAUAACAGUCAAGGGGAACGACGGGUUUUGGGUUGGAAAGGCGUCCUUGCGGAGCUGGCGUCAGUUGGCUCUGGAGCAAUUACAUGAGCAAGACGAAGACGCAGAGCACAGUAAUGGAAAAAUGAAUGGAAAUGCACAAAACAAAGAUGAAUCAAAUGAAGAGAAGAGAGAGGAGGAAGAGGAGUUAAAUUUUAAUGAAGACAUUGUUUGCCCACAUGGUGACCUGUGCAUAUCCGAAAACGAACGGAGGGUGGUUUCGAAGGAAGCCUGGGAGAAACUCAAGCAAUAUUUUCCAAAGGCCCCUGAAUUCCCAAAUAACAAAGAGUGCUGUUCCCAGUGCAAGAUUUUGGAGCGCGAAGGGGAGGAAAACGAAGCUCUGCAUAAGAUGAUGGCCAGCGAGCAGAAGACUUCUCUCCAGAACCUGUUUCACGAUAAAUGCAGACCUUGCUUGGGCAGCUGGCCUCAGGUGUCUGCCUCGGUUGCUCCUACGUGUGAGGGCAGCCUGCUGCUCUCGGGUGCCUUCUCCAGCCAUGAGCUGUACAUUGUUUCGCAGUUCUUUGUAGAAGAAUGGAGGAAAUUUGUCAGGAGGCCAACGCGAUGCAGCCCCGUGUCCUCAGUAGGAAACAGUGUUCUUCUCUGCCCCCAUGGGGGCCUCAUGUUCACCUACGCUUCCAUGACCAAAGAAGACUCCAAACUUAUAGCUCUAAUAUGGCCCAGCGAGUGGGAGAGGAUUCAAAAACUCUUUGUCGUGGAUCACGUCAUCAAAAUCACGCGAACACAAGCUGCCGGGGCGGACCCGGAGAGCACGCUUUACGUCUCUGAGCCCCAACUCUGUCCAGAGUGCAGAGAAGGGCUGUUAUGCCAACAGCAGCGGGACUUGCGUGAGUACACCCAAGCAACCAUCUACAUCCAUAAAGUGGUGGAUAAUAAAAAGGUAAUGAAGGACGCUGCUCCAGAGCUGAACGUGAGCAGCUCAGAAGCUGAAGAGGAAAGGGAGGAAAACAAGCCAGAGGGGGAGCAAGACCCAGAUUUUAACCAGACCAACGGUGGUGCGAAGCGCCAGAAGAUCGCGCACCAGAGCUACAUCACUUACCAAAAGCAAGGCAUCAGGCGAAGCACCCGGCACCGGAAAGUCAGAGGGGAGAAAGCGCUGCUUGUUUCUGCUAAUCAGACGCUGAAAGAGCUGAAAAUACAGAUCAUGCAUGCAUUUUCAGUUGCUCCCUUCGACCAGAAUUUGUCGAUCGACGGGAAGAUACUGAGCGAUGACACCGCAACGCUCGGCAGCCUGGGAGUCAUCCCCGAGUCCGUCAUUUUAUUAAAGGCUGAUGAACCAAUUGCAGAUUACGCGGCGAUGGACGACGUUAUGCAAGUUUGUAUGCCUGAAGAAGGAUUUAAAGGGACUGGUUUACUUGGACACUGA